CUGUUUAUUUCAAAUGGCCGCCACGUUAAAAAGCAAUAUUGUGAUCGCGGGAAAAAAUAUCCUAUUUUAUAUUUUUCCGUGAAAAUUCGAAAUUCUAACAAGUUUAGGUGUGUAAAAUUAGUGGUAUGCUGUCGCUAGACAGUAAUGGAACUCUUCAGGAUGAGGAAACCGCUAGUGAAAAUGGAUCUGAUGAUUAUCCAAGAAUACCUAUUUCUAUGGAUGGGCCAAAAGAAUGGACUUAUACGAUGAGAAGACAUAUGCAGGAAGUUGUACCUGGUUUAUAUCUUGGCCCAUACAGUGCAGCUAGUCGGUCCAAACUUCAAUCUCUAAUAGAACAUGGCAUAACUCAUAUAGUGUGUGUUAGACAGGAUAUAGAAGCAAAUUUUAUAAAGCCCAAUUUUCCAGAUAAAUUCAAGUAUCUUGUCUUAAAUAUUGCUGACACAGCCACAGAGAAUAUUAUUCAACACUUCCAUAAGGUAAAAUCCUUCAUCGAUGAAGGUUUAACCUCUGGUGGCCAUGUUUUAGUCCAUGGCAAUGCAGGCAUAUCAAGAUCGGCAGCAUUGGUUUUAGCAUAUGUUAUGGAAACAUAUGGACUCUCUCAGACGCGUGCAUAUGCAAUGGUACAACAAAGAAGGUUAUGUAUAAACCCUAAUAGAGGUUUUAUGGCACAGUUAAGAGAAUAUGAACCUAUUUAUCAGGCUCAAAAAAUAUUAAAUAAUGAACAACAAUGUUCAAUAAGACAACGAAGCAAAAGGACUAUCCAUCAAAUGGAUUCUGAACGAACAGAGGACAAAUGUGAUACAAUGGAUAGUUGAUGUAACUCAAAAGAAUGCUAAACUUACCAAAAGACUUAUCCUAGACCAGAUACAGAAAUAAAAUCGACGGAAAGUAACGGUCUUUACGUCGUCAUGUUCUGAAAGAUACCUAAAUACAGAAGUAUAUUAAAAAAUCA